ACCCACUUUCUUUUCUUUGUGGGCGUGCCACGGGCAAAUGCAGAUGCAGAUGCAACAAACGCAGCAGCAGCUGCAGGCCACGGCGGCACCAUUCUCGACCUCCACUCCUCCUCCUCCUCCUCCUUCCUCCGGCGGCUCCGCGUCCGAGGCACCGCCGAAGCAGGUGGCUCAAGCAAUGGACAAGCUCGGACAAGCCGAACGAAUCAUCGCCGACAUCCGAAUCGGCGCCGACCGCCUCCUCGAAGCGCUCUUCGUCGCGGAGGCGCAGCCUCACCAAGGCAACAAGCCUCUCCAAGUCUUCCUCAAAGAAGACGCAUGCAUGCGUCAGUAUCUUCAAGACCUUCGGUCGCUUGGUAAGGAGCUAGAAGAGUCUGGAGUUCUCAGCGAAUCAGUUCGAUCGAGGAAAGACUUUUGGGGCUUGCAUAUGCCACUGGUUUGUCCAGAUGGCGCCGUGGUUGCGUAUGCGUGGAAACGACAACUUGCAGGACAAGCGGGUGCUUCUGCCGUUGACCGGACCAGGUUAGCUCUCAAAGCUUUCACUGAUCAGAAAAGGCGUUUUUUCCCACAUCUUGAUGAUGGACUUGAAACUAGUGAAUCAGCAUCGAAGAAAUGUUGUGGGUCUGAAGAAAUUGCAGUGGAUCCCAAGGAAGGAAUUAGUUUUCUAAGGACGCUGCCAGAUGUUCUGAAGUCCUUGGAGAAGGAUGUACCAAAUCUGAAAAUAUUAACUUUUGAACGAUUGGACUGGUUAAAAAGAGCUUCCACACUUACCUUGUCAACAAAUGAGAAUUAUUUGGAACAUAACUAUCAUGGUUCUAAUAAGCUAAGGCUAGGAUCAGUGGGAACCGUCCCUGCAGAGAAGGUUGCAGUGAUAGAAUUGUUAUUCCCAUGUGUCUUCAGGGCUGUUAUAUCCUUACAUCCUGCUGGUUCCAUGGAUCCAGAUGUUGUAGCUUUCUUUGCUCCAGAUGAGAGCGGAAGUUAUGUGCAUGCAAGGGGGUUUUCAGUUCAUCAUGUGUUUAGACAUAUUACGGAGUAUGCAGCGACAGCUCUGCAGUAUUUUCUUGGGAACCAAUCUGAAACGUGUCUGUAUUUUCUUCUGCACUGGAUUUGCAGCUACCAGACACUGUUUUCAAAACCUUGCAGCAAAUGUUCCCGGCUACUUGCAAUGGAUAAACAAUCAACUUUAUUGUUACCUCCAGUCCAUCGUCCUUAUUGGCAGUUUUCCUUUUCUAAAAUUUUGUUAAACAUAUCCUCAAAGGACCAGAAUUCUGAUACUACUCAGGCUUAUCAUAUUGACUGCCUCUCUGAGGAAACAUAAUUGCAUCUACCAGUGACUCAGGUAUAACCCAAGUGCCCGAUUCAAUGUGGAACUACCAGGAGCAAGAGUUUCCAUUUCAUUGAUGUAUGUAUGUUCCCCUUUUCCUGUCAUGUAUAGGUUGGAAGGUAAGGGGUUGGUGAAGCGAUUUGGUUAUCUUUGGUCUAUAUUUUUCAUCUCUUAGAUUGGAAUUGGAUCUUCAGGAAAUUGACGAGUGCCUUGCUUGUUUUGUAAGCCUCAUGAAAGUGGCAGCCAUCUGUUCUAAAGAUUUCUCAGAUAUUCAUUGAGAUUGGUUUUUUGGAUACCAAGAAGUUCUCACGUAUAAUUGCCACUAGACCAAAAAGUACAAGAUAGGAACAUUAUGACCUGCGUAUGCUAAAUGAAAGUGCCAGCUGACUGUAAUUUUUGAAAUUUAUCAGCAUGUGAAUACAUUAUAAUGACCGUCUGCAAUAUUUCUUAUUUUAAAAUGAUGCUGACUACGAUGUAGUACACAACUACCUUCUCCGUAUAAUGGUUAUUAUAUAAUCACUACAAAAUUACAGUGUA